AUGUGGCCAGCAUUGUUAAGGGCUCUAUCGGUGCUGAUCGAAGGGAGCAGCGUGGACGUGCACCGUGUACUCUAUCCCUUCCCGUGGAUCACGACGCUUCAUGCCGCGCGCAUAUCGCUAGCAUACACAGCAAAAAGCCAAGCAGAAUAUGAAACCGAACGUGAAUCUGAAACCGUGAGCGAAUCGCUCCGCCCGCCAAAGCGGUCCCAUAUCGCCGCAUACAUCGGCAACUACCUCGUCCUAGCGUGGUCGGGAUCGAUAUUGAUAGCGAGUAUACUGCAGCAGCCGUACACGCAGCUGCUUUCGCCAUACCCGCUCAUCAACUACGUUACGGUGCACAUGUUUCUGCGCUAUCUCCCUACGCCCCCGGCUCAAGUUGUAGAUUUUGCAUGUCCGCUGGUAGACGGACUGCUACGGAGUGGGGCACUGACAGGGGCAGUGCUAGGCAGCGCGCGCCACCCAAACUACGCCCACUCCCUCUUUCCCCAAUUGGUGCUGGGUACUCUGGCACCUUCUGCGGGCUCGCUCAUUGGGGGCGUGCUAGGCGUUACGCGUCCCCUCGGCUGGUCUCUCUCUACUCCUCAUCCCCUGCGCGAUGGCGUCGGCUGGAUAGACACACUCGAGUUGUGGAUCGCGCUUUUGUGCACCGUGUUGUACGGCGUGUUGACUCACUCGCAUCCUGACUACACAGCCAUCUCUGAUUCUCCCUCUCACACUCACCUCGGCGCUCGCUCGGUCGUCAUGCUCGUGCUGACUUGUGCGUAUUUCUUCAAAGCUGUCGUCGUGCAUGCGCGGGGUGAUAACAGGGGCAGGAGCGGGACCAGCAACAGGAGGGAUGGUAGCAAUGGCAGCAAUAAGAGCAAGGCAGAAUAA